AUGACAUGUGUUAUGCGCGCUAACCCACGUUGUGACCAUAUCGACGAUCACACCAUGAAGCUUAUCUUUGACUAUGUCCUAGCCAAGGUCAAGAAGCGAGAGGCGGACGAACUGCAGGAGCAGGAGCAUGACGCACGUUAUGCGAUGGAUGACUUGCGAGCCGUACUGAAGCGCCUUGAACCACCUGUGACCGUUUCAGAUACCUGGGAAACGGUACGUCCUCGUGUUGAGAAGACGAAAGAGUACAGCGCACUAAAAUCAGACUCACUCCGCCAAUCCGCAUUCGAUAAGCACAUGCGUCGCCUCAAGGAGAAGGAGAGCGAUCGCCGCGAUCGCACCCGGCGUGAUACGCGAGACCGCGAGAGGGACAGGGACAAGGAUCGAGACAGGCGGGACCGACGGGAUGAUCGUGAGUACCGCAACGGGCAUUCUGACUCUCACCGACGCCACCGUACGCGCACACGCUCACCUGAACAUGAUCCUUACGCCGCUGAGCGUCGCCGAGCUCAGGAAGAUCGAGAGGCACGGUACAGGAACAAUGACAGCACAGGUCUCUCUCCUCCCCCCCGUCGUGACCGUGAACGAGAUAGCGAUCGGUACAGCGGUUCCCGCCGGGGUAGUGGCGACUUCUACGGGCGUGAAAGGCGUGAGCGCGAGGCUGAACGCGAACGCUCGUACAUUCCGCGAGGCGAUCCUGCUGCUAGCCGCGCAGACCCGCGUGAGCGUAGUGUGAGCGAGCUUGAUUACGGUGACGGUACGGGGGCCCGCACCACCUCCGCCAGACGCCGACGCGAGAGUGACGAAAGCACUUCUAGGCGCGAUAAUAAGGUAUGA